AUGUCCUUGAUCACCGGGCUAGAUCGGUGGUUUGUGAGGGGUCUGGAGGAUAUGCGAAGACUGGUUCAACAAGCUCGAAGCGCUAGAACGAUCAUGACCCCUAUGACCAGGGAGUUCCGGCCAUUCAACAAGGUUGUCUGUCUAUGGAGUUCUAAUGGCCGGCUUUGUAAUGCCAAGCAAGCCGGUCUGCCGGCCGCUCCGCCCGCACUCAAGGGGUCACAUUGUGAUCAUCAACGGCUGGGGAAAAAUGAGUCCUGCCUAUUACAGCAUAUUCGCCGUACAAACCCAGGGUGUCGGACUUGGCCCGCCGGGUAUUCCCAUCGACAUGUGCUCAAUGCCGAAUAA